AUCAAGCUCUGCUAGACACCCCUCCUACUGCUACUACUUAUAUACUAUACCAUCCACUUCUCGAUCUAUCUCUGAUACGACCUAUACUGUAGAUUUCUACCAGUACAGACUCUAGUCAACAGACGACACAAGCUAGACAUGUCCCUCAAAGUCUUUAUCCAGAGCCCAGACACCUUUGGGGAACGACGUUACGACCCCGAGAUCACGAUCCAAGCUCUCAAGAGCAAGCUCGAAGCGGUCACGGGCAUCUCGUACCGUUCACAAAGGCUCGUCCUGUACGAAGAUGUCGACUCGGCGGAAGCCUUGGGGAAGCCCGUCGUUGUGAUGGAUGAUGAGGAUAGGACGUUGAAUGGGUAUGGGGUACAGGAAUGGCAGUGCAUCAAGGUAGAGAACACCGACCCGAACGCACGUGCAGGAGGAGAGUUUACCGAUGUUUCUCAAGUGGAGAAAUACGAGAUCUCACAGGAAGAGUAUGAGAAACGUGCAGAUACCGUACUCAAAGACCUAGAAGCGAGGAAACUCGGUCGGUUCGCUCCUCCCACCUCAUCAUCCUCAACCCAAACCACCUCGCAUACCCGCAAACCGGACCAAAGGGAGGGUGCACGGUGUAUCGUCCUCUCAUCAACUCCCUCGGAUCUCAAUGUCAAUGUGGAUAUCAAUGCCGAUAGUACCGGUACCGAUAGUGCACCAAAGCAGGAUGGCACGGAGAAGAGGGGGACGAUACGGUUCGUAGGGGAGACGAACUUUGGGGAUGCGAAGGGCGAUUGGAUCGGGAUCGAGUUGGAUGAACCGGUUGGGAAGAACGAUGGGAGCGUCAACGGACAGCGAUACUUUACGACCUCUGGACCGAUGCGCGGGGUGUUUGUGAGACCGGAGAGGGUGGUGGUGGGGGAUUAUCCGGAGGUGGACGAGUUUGCCGAUAUGAUGGACGAUUCUGAAGAUGAGAUCUAGGGUUGCGGCGGGGGCAGGAUGAGAACAGAUUGAGGAUGCAAGACGUAUCAACGUUGGGACGGUGAUUGAACCGAGAGGCAGGAGGAGAUGUGUCGCGCUGGGCGAUGAGAUCUGUACACGGCGGGGUACUUGGCCCGUGGUCGUCAUGGGCGUUUCCGCUGUCUCAAACCAUGACACCUAAAUCUGUCUAUGCUCAAAGGCAUGCUGCAUCCCGUUACAAUUAUGAAUAGUGGCGA